GCGGGGGGGGAAGGCGGCGGGGAGGCGCGGCCGCCAUCUUGUGCGUCGCCGGAGCCAGGCGAGCGGCCCGCAGCGUGGCGCCGCCCGACCCCCGCGCUGCUCCCGCCGCAGCCGCCGCCGCAGCCAGGGCCGCUGGCUCCCGCCCGGGGGCGGCGGCGGACGGGGGAGGGGAAGAGCUCGUUGCGGACGGGGGCCCCCCGCGGGCCCGGCGGCGGCGGCGGCCCCUCCUCCCGCCGGUCCUCGCGUCCCUCCCCGCGGGUUUGUGGCGCUGCGCCGGGGGAGGAUGAACGGAGGAUAAAUGGUGCCCAAGGCGGACAGCGGCACCUUCCUCCUCCUCUUCCUCCUGGUGCUAAGCAUCACCGAGCCGCUGCGGCCAGGUCCACGACUAGCUUUGGCAAGACUUCUUUCAGAGCUCCGCUGCACGCCGGGGCAGUUUGCCUGCCGGAGCGGGACCAUCCAGUGCAUCCCUUCCAACUGGCAGUGUGAUGGGUGGCCCACCUGCGAGGAUGAGAGCGAUGAAGUUGACUGUCCAGGCUUGACAGCGGACCAGCGAACUUACCAUGGGAAGGAGAAUGUGGACUCCAGGCACAGUCGAGGGAGAGGAGGAGAGACAACCCGCUUUCACACCGUCAAUGUGGCACAGCCUGUCCGAUUUAGCAGAAAGUGCCCAACAGGAUGGCACCACUAUGAGGGCACGGCCAGCUGUUACAGAGUGUAUUUAAAUGGGGAGAACUACUGGGACGCUGUGCAGACAUGUCAACGGGUGAACGGAUCCCUCGCCACCUUCACUGCAGACCAGGAGCUCCGGUUUAUCCUGGCACAGGAGUGGGACUUGGAAGAAAAAACAUUUGUGAGGAAGGACCAGCGUAGGUUCUGGGUUGGAUAUCAGUAUGUGAUCACCAAUCGAAAUCACUCCCUAGAAGGUCACUGGGAAGUAGCUUAUAAAGGCUCUUCAGAAGUAUUUUUACCCCCUGACCCUAUCUUUGGUACGGCUAUGUCUGAAAAUGAAAACGUUCUUUGUGCCCAGCUUCAGUGUUUCCAUUUUCCUACCCUUCGGCACCACGGUUUACACAGCUGGUAUGCGGAAAACUGCUAUGAGAAAUCUUCAUUCCUCUGCAAAAGGAGCCAGACUUGUGUUGAUAUCAAAGACAACAUUGUGGAUGAAGGCUACUAUUUCACUCCCAAAGGGAACGAUCCCUGUUUGAGCUGCACGUGUCACAACGGUGAACCUGAAAUGUGCGUGGCCGCUCUGUGUGAGCGGCCCCAGGGGUGUCAGCAGUAUCGCAAAGACCCUAAGGAGUGCUGCAAGUUUACGUGUUUAGACCCAGAUGGCAACAGUUUGUUUGACUCAAUGGCCGGUGGGAUGCGUCUGAUCGUUAGCUGCAUUUCCUCCUUCCUCAUCCUCUCUCUGCUGCUUUUCAUGGUCCACCGUCUGCGCCAGAGGCGGAGAGAGCGCAUAGAGUCUUUGAUUGGAGCAAACUUGCACCAUUUUAACUUGGGCCGCAGGAUGCCUGGUUUUGAUUAUGGCCCUGAUGGUUUUGGAACUGGCCUUACUCCACUGCAUCUUUCAGAUGAUGGGGAAGGUGGGGCAUUUCAUUUCCACGAUCCGCCUCCACCCUAUACUGCUUACAAGUAUCCAGAUAUCCAACAUCCAGAUGACCCACCUCCUCCUUAUGAGGCUUCUGUCAAUCCAGACGGCAUCCUUUGUUCCACUCCAGAUGGAGUUCUUUCUCAGACUGUGCAAACCAGUCCUCCAUCGCUAGGAAACUGUGAUGUAUCCCCCCAGCUUACAGAGGGAUCGCUCCCGCCCUCAGUUGGUCCUUCCCCAGUGGAGCUGGAAGACUCUGCUGACAGCAGCACCUUUCUUGUCCCUCCUGACACACCGCUAAAUGAAAACACACCGGCAGAAACUCUCACGGGCAGCCGCCACAGCCACUGUUCUCUCAAUACCAUUGUAUAAAGGAGCAAAAGGCUGACUGCCGCUCAGAAAUAGUUUUAGCAACUGUUUGCACAGACAAACACUAAUCCGUGGUUUGAACUUCAGAAGGAAUCCCCACUUUGUUUUUUGAACACUGCUUUUAUGUUCUAGAUUAGGAUUGUGCCUCUCGUUUUUUGGCUGUCGUUAUUCAUUCACUAAUCGUUUUGUCCUGUAAAUAUGGAUUGUAUAACUGCUCUUUUUUUCCAUUGGCUAUGGAAAAGAGUGCAGAGAAUUCCUUGACUUCUAAGGAGGUGAAAAGUAUGGGUAGUUUUGUUUUUUGUUGUUUGUUUUUUUUUUUUUUUCUUAACUUGAGAGGAAACAAAAUCUACAUCAGAAAAAAGCUACUUGGAUUUGGCUGGAUACCACUGGACCCAGGAAACAGACAAUGGAAAAGGAGGGUGGGGGCAGUCACCGUUCAAUCAGUUGCUUUCUCUCUUGCUUCAGUGCCACAGAAAAGGCAGAGAAGACGGAACGGCAAGGGAAGGGGCUGGGGGCCUGUUUUACAGAGCGGGACCGCAGAGGAGCUAAAACACAUGUCACCAAGUAAGAGUUACACAGUGUAAAACGUUUGCGUGUUGUGGUCUGCCUUGCUGUUUCAAAACAACGUAGGGACCGGAGGAUGAAUGAUCUACGCGAUACGUGACAAGUGGGUAUUAGAAAGCUAGGAUUUGCAAUUACAAUUAUUUGUUGUUUGUAGCUGCAAAAUCUCAUGUUGUCGGGUAAACUUAUGGUCCUUAAAGAAAACUGGUUCUGUGUAAUGCUUGUGUCCCUUCGAUAGAAUCCUCGUAUGUGUUAGGUAGUGCUUUAGGGAAGAGACGCGGAGCAAUUAACUUUGGGGCAGUCUGACUUCACCUUAUGAAGCCCCCGUUUGUUAUAGUCCCAUAAGGAAGAUUGAGCUGUUUUUCUUUGUCGUUUAACUCCUUUACAGGGAAGAGUUGCACAAGACUGGCCUGGAUAAAAGACCAUUGUUCUUGCUUUUCUUAUUGCAUGCUAUAUUUAGCAUGUAAGUGUGCUCCUGCCCCUCCAUUUCACUUCUUUACAGUUCUACAAAUACCAUUUAAAAACAGUGUUCAACACGCGCUGUACGUGAUGUUUAAUUCUAAUUGGACACUUGUUCCUUAUCCAAGUCCCAUAAAUUGCCAACCCUAGUCUAGGGAUUUCCCCUGUGCCCCCCAAACCAUUUAUCCAGGUCCCAUGAGGGGUUAUAAUGAAGUUAGUGAGCUUAAAUCAGUAAAGCAGUUUUCUUCAGUCUGAUAUGUCAUCUUAAAUUUCCCCCUCAGAUUGAACUCUUUAAAGUAAGUUAAUUUAGAGAUGGCAAAAAGAUUAAUUCGCUCCCUCAUUAAAUCCAAAGUCGAGCACUGUUGUUCUUGAUAAUGAGUGCAAAAUAAUCUUUACAGGUGAUUUUAAAUUUAAGUUUGGAUUUCAGUGUGCAAAUAAUUUGCCCUUUCCCCCCACCCUCCUCUUGCCUCUGCUUGUCCUUGACUUACUGUAGCAGUCCGCCGAUGAGCUGAAUUAUAAGGAGUUUGUAAAGAAUGCCCCUUGUGCGUGUUCUCCUGCUACCGUAUGAAGGGUACGAGCCUAGAGGGACAGGAAGAAAACACUGCAUGGGGGUGUGCGUGUGAUCUAUUUUUCUAGUAAUGAUGAGAAAUCACACUUGUAUGACAAAUCCUACCCCACUGUUGUGGUUUCCCAGCGCAGCUGACUCUUUCCCCAGUGAAUAUGCUGCUACUUUCUAUUCUGUGUCUUGCCUAUAGGCUUAUACUGUACUUGGGGAUUGGUCUUGACAAUUCAACUCCUUUUGCACAGAAAACUGUGAGUUUUGUUAUUGAGAUCGUAUCUGGUGUCCUGACGUUCAGACACUGGUGAAUGAUCUUGAAUCCCUCGGAGGGCGUGAAUCACAGUCGGGGGCUGCGCUGCUGGCAGGGGAGUGGGAGGAAGCGCUGUUAGGAAGCCUCUCCACCUGCAGCCGUCCCACCACCCGUGUCCUGCUCUGGGGUUGGGCUGGUUUUAACAGCAGUGGUACGAAAGGAGAGGAGCAGUCCUCCCCCUGGCGGGAUCUCUUACCGUCUCCUCCUCUGAGUUCAAGUCCUGGUCUAAUGAAGUGGAUGGAUAGCAGUAGUCAGAACCGUGCGUACAAAUUAUUCAGCAUUUCUGAAGUAUGAAAAUAAAGCGGGUUUUGUGCAUUUUUGAGCACAUUCAUACGUUUUAUACAUUGUAUGUACUGAUUUUUUUCUUUAGUUUUAUAGGUACGAAUGCGUGUGUGCGUGUGUGUGUUUCUGGGUGGCGAGAGAUAUCUCUAUAUAUAUAUACACAUACUGUAGACGGUAACCUUUGUGCUGCGUCCAGCUAGGUGAAGCUAAGCACUGGGAUAUAAACUAGGCUCUUAGGGUUAAUCCUUCUCUCAAGCUGGCUCCGCUCCGUUGUGGGACAGGCUGUGAUACUGUACACUUAAAUAGGAUACAAGGUCUAUGCUACUACAGUCUGUUCCUGAAAAAUAUUUUGUUAGCAGUGCAAAAUAGAAAACUUCCAACUUCUUUUGAAGCCAGAUGGAGUAUUUGUUCUUUAUAGUCUCCUAGCGCAAUAACAAAAGGCCUUUGGGCUUGGUUUAGUCUCUGAAGCUGUGUUUUGUGGCCGAGGUGAACAGAUACCUCACACUUCUCCUAACACUGCGGGAAUCUGUUCGAUUUUUUGGGGUUUAUUUUGCUUUUGGUUCUGUGGUGAAUUUUAUUUGAAAAUAAGCUCUGUUACAGCUGGCAACUUCCUGGCGGCUCCUGGUUGUAGCUGUUGCAGACGGAGGCUUCUUUGCCAAAGCCUCGUGUGAUGUUCCCCCCAUCGCUUCUGAGCCUUUCCCACUUGUACAUUGGCACGGAGGCUGCUAUUUCCUCUCUUUUCCCCUAUCCUUCUUCAUCUUAACUGUAACCAAGGGAAAUUUUGCCUUGAACAGAGCAGCUCAUUAAGUACAGCUCAUUUACCUCUCGGUAAGCUUCUAAUUUGGCAAUAAAAUUGUCAUUUUCUCCCCUUUUUAAUGUAGCUUUCUCAUAUUGAGUACUUUCUCUUGGAGUUAAGAGCCUCUGUAGCAGAAAAUGUCACAACUGCGCAGGCUUCUGGACCAACUGGGGAAGAGUUAAGUUUUCUUGACAGCAGUUGACUCCUCAGCAAACCUGCCUUGCCCUUGGCAAGGUGACUGGGAAGCGCGUUGUCCUGAGCACCAAUUACGGAGGGUUGAUGCUUGCCCGAGGAAGACCGUUCUGUUUUGAUUGCCAUUGGAUUGAUGAGAUCUUUAGAGUUAUUUUGUGCAUUGAUUUUCCCCCCACCACCACCCCCCACCGUUCACUUCUCUGGAUGUUUUUCUUAACUAAUGAUGCGUCCCAAAUGUCCCUCCGGCCCCAGCGGGGGAGAUGGCAUCACCGCAUCAUUCCCAGCGGCACGCGUGAGCCGAGAGUACGUUUCUCUUGGGAUGUCCUUGACCGCGGUUGUUGUGAAGUCGCAGCACUCGGUUGUGCGUGGGGCUCGGACAGAACCGCUCCUCAUUCCCCAUCCUUGCGGCGUGCUGCGGUGCCGUACUGAGGUCCCUGCUGUUCCUUCAGGAGCAGCCCCAGGUGUUCACUUCUGCCGGUGGCAUCGGGGGUAGCCGUGCAUGGCCUCACAGCAGCCCCUCAUUUUUUUACUAGGUGAGUUGUAGAGUAUUGUAACGUUAGAAGGAGGGUGGGUUUCAUUCUGUGCUAGAAGAUCAAAACUCGCAUUCAGAUGUACAAAGAGCUUGUCUGUGUAAUGUUCAGUCUUGUCCAGUUUGGAGCCUCAGACUAUUCCUUUACCCGUUCAUGGCAGGACACUCAUCUAGAAGGAGAAUGAAGUAGGUGGAAGACUUUUUCUGAAGGCUCAGUCUUACGGUCGGCGGGUGCUCUGCCUCCCCAGGCCUCACGGGGAGGUGGCCCCUUCACGUCUCUUGAGUUUGACUUGGGAGGAACAUGAUUUUGUGAUCGGUAAUUACUGUUCUUUUCCCCCCUAAUGUUAAAUGAAUUUGAAGCCAAUUUUGAAUAUGUUUUUAUCUUUCAGAUGUGGAUUUUCAGUGGCAAAUCACUGAAGUUUUAGUGUUGCCCCACACAAUCUGUAACACGCGUCUUUAUUUUUUUUUCAGUUGCUGAAACAUCUUUUUUUCUCCCUAGCUAAGGAACAUGCAAUAUACAGAGACGUCUUUUAAAUUUCCUUUGCAAGUUGGGAGCUGGACCCUGAAAUUAGAGCAGAUUAGUGUAGAGGAGGCAAAUCAAAGUUCGCACAUUUUUGCUUCUGACGUUCCCCGGUUCCAAACGAAAUACCCGUUUCUUUGGAAUAGGCACAUUCGGCAGCAAAGGUCUGCUUCCCCUGACAGCAGCGUGCGUUACCUGCCUGCUGCGCUACCACAUAGCUUUAAUUUUCCAGUGUUGUGCACCUUGGACGCUGAGUGGGUUGGAGCUGAUGCCGGCGGAGACGCUGCGCCCGCCCUGAGCGCGGGGCUGGGGGCUGCCGGGGGGCGGCCAGAGAGUGAGACGCUGCUUUUUACCUUCUCCUGGAAAACAAUUUUAGCCAGCGCUGCAUUUGCAGGCUUCUCCUGUGUAGUUGGUUUGUGACUGGACUUAACUGUGGCAGUGUAUAAAAGAUUUUGAUAUUCUGUGAAAUACCAUGUAGAAUUUAAAUUUGAUACUAUAAUAAUUCAGUCCCUGUGACACUGGUUUUUUGUUUUAACUUCUUUCUUUGGGGUUGGCACUAAUCUUUCUUCUUUUUUUUUUCUCAAGAUGCUGUGAGAAACAUUUCAUCCAAAUGCCAAAUAAAUUGUGUUCUGUAAGAGAAACGGCCUGUUCCAGUGUCU